AUGCCGAAAAAUUUUGUGCUGCCCACCGCCCUUGAGCCAUACAAAGGGUUUGGUGACCCCCGCGCCCAUAUUAAGAAAUUCCAAUCCAUGAUGUUUUUUAAUGGCGCUAACAAUGAACCUGUACUCUGUCGAGCUUUUUCAACUUACCUUGAUGGUGCUGCGUUACUCUGGUUUUCUAAGUUAUCUGCAGGUUCAAUUUCUUCUUUUGAGGAGCUGGCAAGGUCUUUUAUCGAUUACUUUGCCGCAUCAAGAAUAUAUGUGCACGGAUCAGACUAUCUAGGCACUAUCAAACAAGGACAACAUGAAAGCCUAAAGGACUACAUGACUCGGUUUGCUGAGGCAACCAUGGAGAUUCAAGACUUAGAUCCGGCAGUCCACCUGCACGCCCUUAAAGCCGGCCUCAGACCUGGCAAGUUCUGGGAGAUGAUUGUUGUAACUAAACCAAAGACACUAAAAGAGUUCCGAGAAAGGGCCGCAGGCCAGAUGGAGAUCGAAGAGCUCUGCGAAUCCCAGAAAGCAGAUAAACAGCCACACAGAAGAGAUGAGGAAAAAAAUUUUAGAUCACCGAGCAACAAGAAACCAAAGAAGCCUCUCAAGCUCACACCAAAAUUUAAUACCUACACCAGAUUCAACACCAAGAGGGAGAACAUCAUCAAGGAGAUUCUCAAUGCCAAAAUAGUAAAAUCGCCGGCCCGAGCAGGGAGUUACCAAUAUCAAAGGUUCGUGGAUAGAAGCAAGCAUUGCGCUUUUCAUCAAAAGUUCAGACACACUACAGACGAGUGCAUCGUUGCCAAAGACCUACUCAAAAGACUAGCACGCCAAGGACUCCUAGACAAGUACGUCGAAGGACGUAAAACCAAAGAAGUCACCUCGGACAGAGAUGAGCACCCACGAGCAUCAACAGACAAGGACAAAGGAAAACGGACAUCACCCAACUUGCCAAGAGGUAUUAUCAACUACAUAUCAGGAGGUUACGCAGGUGGGGGUGAAACAACUUCGGCUAGAAAACGAAGUUAUAGAGCGAUGCUAGCAAUUGAAGGAACAACACACCUCCAAAGAGAAAAAGACGCAGACAUCACAAUAACAUUCAAUCAAUCAGACUUCAAAUUGGCAAGCCCUAACCUCGACGAUCCGGUAGUAAUCUCCAUUCAAGCUGGAGAACUGUUGGUAAGAAAAACACUACUAGAUCCAGGUAGCAGUGCUGAUGUUUUAUUUUAUUCCACUUUCAAAAAAAUGAAAUUAUCAGAAAAAAUAAUGCAACCUUCCUCUAGAGAGCUGGUUGGUUUCUCCGUAGAAAGAGUCCCCAUUAUGGGACAUAUAUGGUUAAGGACGACGAUGGGAGAAGACCCUAUCUCAAAGUCGAUUGAUAUCCAAUAUUUGAUAGUAGACUGUUAUAGCCUUUAUAAUAUUAUCAUCAGAAGACCUGCUCUGAAUGCAUUCAGGGCAUUAGUGUCUAUUUUACAUCUGUGUGUUAAGUUUCCCGUGCAGGAAAACAGGAUAGCAACAAUGUAUGUGGAUCACCAAGAAGCUCGGCAGUGCUACAAUGCCAGCCUAAAGCAAAACUCAACAAAACAGACAACUCGGCCACAAGUGCAAGCAAUCCAUAAUACAGCCAUGAUCUUAACAUUAUCCGAGCUUGAUCCAAGGGAGGAUUUCAAUGAAAGACCUCAGCCAAUGGACAACCUCCAGCGAGUAAUAUUAACAGAAAAUGAGAAGCAUUUCACACACAUCGGAGAAGCCUUAGAGGGGGAAGAACGAUCAAAACUAAUAACAAUACUUCGAAGCAACGCCGAUCUAUUCGCGUGGACGCCUGAUGACAUGCCUGGAAUAAAUCCAGAAGUCAUCUUCCACAAGCUAGCAAUUGACAAGGGAGUCCGACCUGUGGCAUAA